AUGGCAACCAACACAGCAGAGAAGCCCCUCGGAGACGGAACAGUCAAGUACAAGCAGCCAUUCAUUGUGUUUUCAGACUUUGACGGCACCAUCACAUUGCAGGACUCAAAUGAUUACCUUACAGACAAUAUUGGUUUUGGCCAAGAGAGGCGGGUGUUUCUGAACCAGGAAGUCCUCAAGGAUAAAAUGUCCUUCCGCGACUCAUUCGCAGAGAUGCUCGACAGUGUCAAGACGCCCUUCCCAGAGUGUGUCCAGUUGCUGCUCGACAACAUCAAGCUCGACCCUGGCUUUGCCACUUUCUACAAUUGGUGUCUUGACAACGACAUCCCCGUCGUUGUAUUGUCUUCUGGCAUGCAGCCCAUCAUUCGAGCCUUGUUGACCAAGCUCAUUGGACCCAAGGCAGACAAGAUUGACAUCAUCUCGAACGACGUCGCCAUUAAGGAAGACGGAUCAUGGGAUAUCCUUUUCCUAGAUGACCCUUCACACUUUGGCCACGACAAGUCACUCGCCAUUCGGCCCUAUGCAGCCCUCAACCCGCGUCCCAAGAUGGUAUACUGUGGUGACGGUGUCAGUGAUUUAUCCGCUGCCAGAGAAACGGACUUGCUGUUUGCAAAACGUGGUCGUGAUCUCGUCACCUACUGUAUCCGCGAGAAGAUGCCAUACACUGAGUUUGACUCGUUUGCAGACAUCCAUGCUGUUGUACAAAAGCUGCAUGCUGGAGAGACGACGCUCGAGGAGAUUGCACAGCAACAGCUGGCCGCCAAUGAGAAGUAGACGCAGCACUGCAUUCGUCGACAUAGACAUAGACAUAGAGUUGGGUUCAAUGAUCAUCCUCUUCGGGCUCCUCAUCGUCUGGCGA